GUCCCACUGUGCAGCUCAAAUGUGGUGUUCACUCUGCCAAUCGCUGGAGGAUAGAGUGGGAACAGGAAUAAGCAGAGUUAGGAGGCCAGGACAAAAGAAGUUAAAGAGCGCCCAAUACAUACAUGUUUUUGAAGGCGGGCAGAGGGAAUAAAGUCCCCCCAGUGAGGGUCUAUGGGCCUGAUUGUGUAGUUCUGAUGGAGCCCCCUUUGAGCAAGAGGAACCCGCCAGCGCUGAGAUUAGCGGAUUUGGCAACGGCUCAGGUCCAGCCGCUUCAGAAUAUGACAGGCUUCCCGGCGCUGGCCGGCCCGCCCGCCCACUCCCAACUCCGGGCCGCCGUCGCGCACCUCCGCCUGCGGGACCUGGGCGCUGACCCCGGCGUGGCCACCACUCCGCUCGGACCCGAGCACAUGGCCCAGGCGAGCACGCUGGGCCUCAGCCCUCCCUCCCAGGCGUUCCCGGCACACCCGGAGGCUCCGGCAGCCGCCGCCCGUGCUGCAGCCUUGGUCGCGCACCCCGGCGCGGGCAGCUACCCCUGUGGCGGGGGCAGCAGUGGCGCGCAGCCCUCCGCGCCCCCGCCCCCAGCCCCUCCUCUUCCUCCCACCCCUUCACCCCCUCCCCCUCCCCCGCCUCCUCCUCCUCCUGCCCUCUCGGGCUACACCACCACCAACAGUGGCGGCGGCGGCAGCAGCGGCAAAGGCCACAGCAGGGACUUCGUCCUCCGGAGGGACCUUUCCGCCACGGCCCCCGCGGCGGCCAUGCACGGGGCCCCGCUCGGAGGGGAGCAGCGGUCCGGCACCGGCUCCCCCCAGCACCCGGCCCCGCCUCCCCACUCGGCCGGCAUGUUCAUCUCCGCCAGCGGCACCUACGCGGGCCCGGACGGCAGCGGCGGCCCGGCGCUCUUCCCCGCGCUGCACGACACGCCGGGGGCCCCAGGCGGCCACCCGCACCCGCUCAACGGCCAGAUGCGCCUGGGGCUGGCGGCGGCAGCGGCAGCCGCGGCGGCUGAGCUGUACGGCCGCGCCGAACCGCCCUUCGCGCCGCGCUCUGGGGACUCGCACUACGGGGCGGUUGCGGCCGCAGCGGCGGCCGCCCUGCACGGCUACGGAGCCGUGAACUUAAACCUGAACCUGGCGGCUGCGGCGGCCGCAGCAGCGGCCGGGCCCGGGCCCCACCUGCAGCACCACGCGCCGCCCCCGGCGCCGCCGCCGCCGGCGCCCGCGCAGCACCCGCACCAGCACCACCCCCACCUCCCAGGGGCGGCUGGGGCCUUCCUGCGCUACAUGCGGCAGCCAAUCAAGCAGGAGCUCAUCUGCAAGUGGAUCGACCCCGACGAGCUGGCCGGGCUGCCGCCGCCGCCGCCGCCGCCGCCGCCACCGCCCCCGGCCGGCGGCGCCAAGCCCUGCUCCAAAACUUUCGGCACCAUGCACGAGCUGGUGAAUCACGUCACGGUGGAGCACGUGGGAGGCCCCGAGCAGAGCAGCCACGUCUGCUUCUGGGAGGACUGUCCGCGCGAGGGCAAGCCCUUCAAGGCCAAAUACAAGCUCAUCAACCACAUCCGCGUGCACACCGGCGAGAAGCCCUUUCCCUGCCCUUUCCCCGGCUGCGGCAAGGUCUUCGCGCGCUCCGAGAACCUCAAGAUCCACAAGCGUACUCAUACAGGGGAAAAGCCUUUCAAAUGUGAAUUUGAUGGCUGCGACAGGAAGUUUGCCAAUAGCAGUGAUCGGAAGAAACAUUCCCAUGUCCACACCAGUGACAAGCCCUACUACUGCAAGAUUCGAGGCUGUGACAAAUCCUACACUCACCCAAGCUCCCUGAGGAAGCACAUGAAGAUUCACUGCAAGUCCCCACCACCUUCUCCAGGACCCCUUGGUUACUCAUCAGUGGGGACUCCAGUGGGCGCCCCCUUGUCCCCUGUGCUGGACCCAGCCAGGAGUCACUCCAGCACUCUGUCCCCUCAGGUGACCAACCUCAAUGAGUGGUACGUUUGCCAGGCCAGUGGGGCCCCCAGCCACCUCCACACCCCUUCCAGCAAUGGAACCACCUCUGAGACUGAAGAUGAGGAAAUUUACGGGAACCCUGAAGUUGUGCGGACGAUACAUUAGAAUUUAUUAUUAAUAAUAAUAAGUGAAAUAAUAAGUGGGAGUCCUUGGACCACAUCCUAACCUGAGACAAUGCCGAGCCUGAGACAAACCCGUGACUCAGACUUGCCACCGGGUCUAAUUAGCCCUAUUUAUUCAGUAUGAAACCCUAUGGUGUUUGUACAUUUAAUUAAUUUAAUUAAGAUAUUUGGGCUUUUUUUUUUUUCUUAAAAAACAAACAAAAAACAACCAAGCUGGACUUGUACAUUGCAGGAGGAUGGGGCUGGGGGCAAAUUGUACCAAGGAAAAUGAAUGGAGAGAUUAGUUAAUGGCGAUACACACUGCCGAUGCAAUAUAUAUAUAUAUAUAUAUAUAUAUAUAUACAUACAUAUAUAUAUACAUAUAUUAUUUUUUUUUAAAAGGGGGAGAAAAAGAGCAUUAAGUCAGAACUUAACACAGCACCAAGGCCCUCUGCAUUUCCCGGAGUGCCUCUCAAAUGCCUUUGACACCAUACCAUGGGCUGCUUUUGAGCCUCCUUGUUGGACCCUAAUUCUGCCAAGGCCUCUUGAUUGUAAACCACACACCUGCUGCAUUGCCAACAGAUCCUGUUCCGUACCUGUGUCCAAAAACAUUUGUAAAAACCCUUUGAGUUUAAUAUUUGUAAUUUUUAAUUUCCACUCUUUUAUUACUGAUCUUACCUUAAUACAAUAUUUUUAUACAGGAUUAUUUCUUCAGUAUCCUACUGUGUGAUUUUAAAAAAAGAUGCAGCAACCUUAAUAUAUCUCCAUAUCUUGUGCUACUGUGAUUGUUCAAGCAAAAGUGGAGAGAAGAAAAGCUGCUGCAAAAGACAACUGUGAAACUGUGAUAUUUUAUAAAAUAGAAGAAAUUCAAGUGCUUUCUUUUUCCUAUAUGUUUUUUUUUAAUCUGAAUUCUCAGAUACUGCCUCCUAACUGUGUCCAAACUUCUUGUGUAAUAAAGAGAUUCUGUUUUCGAUCCUAAGUUCUUUGGGAUGCCAACAUUCACAGUCAAGUCUUGAGGAGGUGUGAUGAUGGCAUCAUGCCUAUUUUUUUGGAAAGCUGUUGUUUUUAAAACAGGCCAACACCUCUUUUAUACUGUUGUAUCAGCCUUUUAAAAAGUCUAUUUUUCAAUGCCUGAAACUGCAUUUUAAUGCAUUUUCUUCCACCUGAGCACUGAGCACACCAAACUGGAAUCCAUUUGAAAAUGACAGUGUGUGAAGUGUAUGAUUUACAUUAAAAGAGGGGAGGGAGUUGCCAUACAUAUUAAAAUUUUUAAAAGGUUUAUAGUUACCACCAAACACUGAUGAAUGUGUGACCUUUGCCAGAGCUGUCAAGCUAGGAUAAAAAAGGUCAAGGACCUAGGACAAUAACUCUUAGUCAAUUUAUUUUCGGUUGGUACAACACAUCUCCUGUGCAAAAUGUAGUCCAUCAGAAACAUCCUACAGAUACACUAAAGAGCACUAAUUUAUCCUUAGAGACCCCGAAGACACCCCCUCCCCAGGGUUUGUAGAAAUUUGUUUUGUGUGCUGUGAGUGGUUGAUGUAGUCUUGUCAUUGUUAAUAACUUGUAUGUGAACACUAUUAUUUGUACAGUUGAAUUAAUUUAUUUUCAGACAUCAUCCUUUUUUUUUUCUUUUCUGGAAGAGUUCAAAGCACACCAAAGAAUUAUAUUAUACAUUUUGGUGAAAGAUUGUCAUUUAUGAUCCAUGGUUUAUUUAAAAAAAAAAGGAAAGAAAAUGGAAAAAUAUAUUUUUAAGCUUACUUGAAUGAACAACGUAAUGUGAAAACCAAGACUCUUCCUGCAUGUCUUUUUUGCAUUGUGUUGAUAAGAUUAUAUAUAGUUUAUAGAUAUAUUAUAUUACUAGUACAGUGCAUGGUGCUGUCACUUGGAAAGCCUUUCAAUGUUGUCUUCAGAUUGUUGUGAUGAAUAUGAAACAUGCAGACCCUCCUUUAUAAAGAAAAAGACCUUAAAACUUGAAUAUGAGAUAAUUUUACAUUUUAAAAGUUUAUUUGAUUUUCAUAUUAUUCACUUUCAAAGCCCUUUCAAAUAGAAAAGGUAUGAACUUUUGGGGGGAUAAUUUAUGUAUCGUAAACUUAUUAGGACAAAAUAUUCCUGAUGUAUAAUGAGUUGUUUUAUUUAUACAACUUUUUCAAUGGUAGUUUGCACUAUUCUUUAUUAUGCUACAGGUUUAUUUAUUAUGAAACAAAGGAAUAUGUAUUUUAUGUAUUUUACCAUGCAUAGGUUAACUCUUUGCCACAGAUUUAUUGGUUCUUGAUACACCUAAAAUAAAAAAAAAUGUACCUCCAAUAGAGAGCAAGCAAGAAUGAUUAUGAAGUAACAAAUUUAAUAAAGGUAUUCUUAUUAUUGCUUA